UCCUGUGUCUUUUACUUUUCUCCUCUCUAUAAAGAAAAAAAAAAAAGUUUGGCCAUCAAAGCUAUACAAUGAACAAACAAAUCGCAAACCCAAAUCUAGCAGAGAAAUAGAGAAAGAAAUCAGGGAAAGAUCAAAAUGGGAACUUGGAUCAAGAAUGAUCACCUCUUCUUCUUGUUCGCUGUUAUAAUUUCCUCUGCAAUUAUAGCUCAAUCUGACGAUUGCGUAUAUACGGUAUACGUGAGGACUGGAUCGAUAGUAAAGGGAGGAACAGACUCGAACAUCAGCCUAACCCUAUACGAUGCAGAGGGUCAUUACGUAGAGAUGCCGAAUUUGGUGACCUGGGGAGGUUUAAUGAGAGAAGGGCACAACUACUUCGAGAGGGGAAACCUCGAUAUGUUUAGCGGCAGGGGUAGAUGCUUAAGGGCACCGGUGUGUGGAAUGAACCUAACAUCAGAUGGAUCAGGGGAUAACCAUGGGUGGUACUGCAACUAUGUGGAGGUUACGUCGACGGGUCCACAUAUUCCCUGCUCGCAGCUGCUCUUCACGGUGGAGCAAUGGGUUGCUCUUGACGUAUCUCCUUAUGAGCUCACCGCUACCAGGAAUUACUGCAAUUCUGAUCUUCAGAGCAUUGAAAAGAAGCAUCAGAAACAGAAGAUCCGUUCUGAUUUGAGUGUGGUGUAGUUAAUUGUUUUUAAAUUGGAGAUGGAAUUAAUGGUCCUGAAUUAAGAGACGAUUGGCCAUCUCUACAUGUAAUUAAGAAAUAGUAAUUUUUCGGAAUAAUAAAAUUUAGU